AUGUCAUCAACAAGAAACCUCCCCGCAAAGAAACGUCCUGUAGGCGGAUAUAUUGAUGAUUACUCCAUUGGAUCAAGUGUGUCGAGUUCUGCAUCUUCAGCUUCCUUUCAAAUGGAAGAAAAUUCAUCCGACGAAGAGUUCGACAAUGAAGACUGCGACGACAAGGACAAGGACAAGGAUAAGGAUAAGGACAAGGACCACGCCUUCCAAGUCAAUCCUAUGGAUUCGCAAGAAAGCAAUCUCACAGCACCGUCGCCUUUGUGUACCCAGCCGGUUGCAAGGCCUGCAAAGAAACGAAGGGUUUCUGUUUCUCCCCAGGAUUCACUCGCAAAGAAGGUGAGACCCAAGUCUCCCCCGUCAAUCACCAUGAUGGAAGGAACUAGUUUCGGACAAUUCACUGUCUUGUCAAAUGGCGAUGAUGAGAACACUUCCAAGCCAAAACCGAAGCCGGCAGAAACGUCCACCCCGAAACUGCCAUCGAAACCGAGUGCAGCAUCUCGUGUCCACUCGGCCAUUUCGGAAGCAAGUAACGAAAGCACAAUCGCGAAAAGGGCCAAGAAAAUGUCGUCACAGAAACAGUCCUAUGAGGUAGAGAACGAGGUAAAAACAUCGACAACCAUGACGCCCACAGAAAGGAAAAACACCAAAGCCAAAAAAACAAAAACAAGUCUUCAGUCCAUCGCCGAAAGUAAGGUAUCAGAAUCCAAGGCACCAGGCACUCGAAAGACAUCCCCUGCAAAGAUUGCUCCAAAUUCGAAAGUGUCCUCUACAAACGCAGCUACGAAAUCAAUGGCAUCGCCCGCCAAGACUAGCCUUGUUACAGCAAUCGAAACACCAGAUGUCAAAGCUUUUGCGAAGCAAAAAGCAACUAGCGUCAGAAAGAAAACGGGAGCAGAAGACAAAAAGACAGCUGACACAACAGAAAUGAAGCCAAAGGCCGACUCCAGCAAGAAAAGGAAAAAGAAGAAAAGCUUCCAAGACCAGCUCUUGCAGCAUCUUUUCUUCAGUGGCCGCCCGUUCACUGUUAAGGAAUUGACACAGUAUCUUAAAACAAGUGAAGCUUCCGUUAAUUUUUGCCUUCUCACGCUGGUUGACAAGGGCUGGAUAAUCAAAAAGGAGUUCACGUCGAAAAGUCGAUCACGAGAGCUCUACUGGGCAAAUGAAGAUUCAAAGAAUAAGGAGCUAAUGGCUGCUCUUGAGAUGGUACCGCCACAUGAAGUGUCUGAAGCCCGUGUCAAGCUAGCAAAUUUGCAGCAGCAAGAGAAGGCAACGGUGAUGGAAUUGCAUCAAGUAAUGCAAGAGCCUUCGAAUGAAGAGUUGAACGAAAAAGUCGUCAAUGCCGAAAAAGAAGUUGCGAGCCUUCAAAUAGAAGUGGAUGCCAUCUUAAAGAGAAUUACCGCUGGUGAGCAGACCGUUGUGCCCAAACAAAAAUUCGGCCUUGCACAACCAAAGGUAUGCAAAGUAAAAUCAAACCCAACAAGAGUUAAAGUUGAGAUCAACCGGAUGAGGGGCGAAUGGAAGAAACGAAAGGAAAAGUGCACCGAUUUCAUUGAAUGCCUUGCAGAUGGUAUGGACAAGACAGUGAAGGUCGUCAUCAAAUUACUAGAUCUAGAAACUGAUGAGGACGUCGGAGUAAAGAUGCCCCCAAAGUAUGAAAUCAAGAAGUAA